AUGGAAUCUGAGAGACUUCGAUGGUUAAGAAAGAAUCAGUCAAAACUACGAGUAGGGAAGUAUGAUCAUCUUGCAGAUGCUAGGACAAAUGGACAUACACGUGGUGCAGCUGCAGGGGAAAGAGUUGUCCUACCUUCGUCGUAUGUUGGAAGCCGUAGAUUUAUGGAUCAGUUAUACUUCGAUGGCAUGGCAAUUUGUAGUUAUGUUGGAUUUCCUGAUUUGUUUAUUACAUUCACAUGUAAUCCCAAUUGGCCGGAAAUACAGCGCGUAUUAAGUUCUGCAAAUCUGAAAGCGUCCGAUCGUCCGGAUCUCAUAACAAGAAUCUUCAAAUUGAAAUUUGAUUCGUUGCUGUCCGAUUUGACUAAAAAGAGUAUCAUGGGAAAGGUUCUUGCGUAUAUGUACACAAUUGAGUUCCAAAAAAGAGGUCUGCCCCAUGCGCACAUAUUAAUUUUCCUUCAUCCAUCGAGCAAGUAUCCAACACCCGCUGACAUUGAUCGUAUCAUAUCAGCAGAAAUACCAAACAAAGACACUGACAAAGAGUUAUAUAAAUUGGUCAAAUCUCACAUGAUACACGGACCUUGCGGAAAUGCUUUUCCUAAUUCUACGUGUAUGAAGGAAGGAAAAUGUUCUAAAUACUUCCCUAAAGAAUUCAGACGUGAUACGAUCGUUGAUCAAGAUGGAUAUCCGGUUUAUAGACGAAGGGACAACGGACACACAGUUUCUAAGAAUGGAAUUGAGAUUGAUAACAGAUUUGUUGUUCCUUACAAUUCAAAGUUAUUGUUGAAGUACAGAGCUCAUAUUAAUAUGGAAUGGUGCAAUCAAAGCACAUCUGUCAAAUAUUUGUUUAAAUACAUCAACAAAGGAUACGACAGAAUAACUGCUGCAAUUUUCAUGAAUGAAGAUGGAUCUGUUUCGCAACAUGAAGCCGUUGAUGAAAUAAAGCAGUAUAUUGACUGUAGGUACGUUUCUCCAAGUGAAGCUGCUUGGAGAAUUUAUGGUUUUUCCAUUCAUGGAAGAAAACCAGCUGUAGAAAGACUUCACUUUCAUGGUGAGGGGCAAAAUUCUGUUUUUUAUACUGAUGUCAGUCCUAUUACCAAAGUCCUUGAUAAACCGAGCGUUACUGAGUCGAUGUUUACUUCUUGGUUUGAAGCAAACAAGAAAUACGACGAAGCGCGCCAACUAACGUAUAGCAAUUUUGUUUCAAAGUUUGUAUACGUUAAGAAAAAGAGAGAGUGGAAACCCAGACAAAAGGGAUACACAAUUGGAAGACUAAUUUGGGUUCCUCCAACUAAUGGGGAGUUGUACUAUCUAAGGAUGAUGCUAACACAUGUCAAAGGACCGAAAAGCUAUGAUGAAAUAAAGACAGUAAACAAUGUUAAGUACGAUACUUUCUGUGAUGCAUGUUUUGCUAUGGGAUUUAUUGGGGAUGAUCGAGAAUUCAUAUCUGCAAUAACAGAAGCAUUUCAUUGGGGUUCUGGACAUUAUUUGAGAUUACUUUUUGUUCACAUGUUAUUGUCAAGUAGCAUUAAUAGGCCUAAGCAUGUAUGGAGUAAAACUCAAGAUCUGUUAUCUGAUGGAAUUCUGUAUUCUCAGCAAAGGAUUGCAAACAACAGAGGUCUGCGACUAACAAAUCAAGAAAUUCUCAAUCUGACGUUGAUUGAAAUUGAAAAACUUCUUCGACGCAGUAGAAAGAGUUUAAGUGAUUUUCCUGGAAUGCCAAAACCACAUGGUUACAUAAUUGAGGAGCUUGGAAAUAAUUUAAUUUACGAAGAGAGAAACUACGAUCCUGCUGGACAACUUCAAGAGUUUAAUACGUUGUAUAAUAACCUCACAGGUGUAAAUAGUAGUUAA